AUGGCGAGCGCCUCCGCCUCCUCUCUCUUCCUUGCGCCACCCGAAUUCCCCCGCCGCCGCCAGAUCGCCGGCCGCUCCACCCCCGCGCCCGCGCCCACGAAUCCCCCCGGCCGCCUAGCCCCCGCCCCCACAAUCCGUUCCUCGAGGCGCUUCGCGGCUGCCCGCUGCGAGGCCGCCCUCGUCCCGGCGUGGCGCCUCCGCGCGCCGCCCCGUCGCCGGAACGUGCUGCGCGACAAGGCGCCGCCGCCGCUGGUGGUUCGCCCUCCCUACCACGAGGCCCUCGGUUCUCGUCGGCAGUUGGACACGGACCGCCCUCCUUUGGUUGGUGUCACUGGAGAGCCGCAGUCUGCCUCGCCCGAUGAUCACGCGUUACCGGAUCCUGAGGAGAAAUCGGGCAUUUCUGAUUGUCUGGAUGCCGGUCCAAGUCGGAAUGCAGUGGCUGAUUCCAAGUCGGAUGGUCAGAAGGAUUUGGAUUGGGAUGCAGAAGAGAGCCAUUUCGGCGGCAAUGGGACUGGUCCCGUAUUCAGUGUAUAUCAAGACCCAGACGGCAAUGCGGUGCACGUUGAGGUGAAUGAGGAUGAAAUCGUUAACAGGUGCGAGAGUGCAGAUGGAGAAGGGACUGACGAUUUGCAGUCCAUGUUGUCUCGUGCAAGAGUAAUGGCUAAGGGGUUUGAAAGUGGCGAACACGAGGUUCCAAAGAAUAGCUCACUGUUUCGGUUCGUAGCCACCGAGAAGAAGGAAUCGCAUGUUGCGGAUGCCGAUGUUUCAGUUGUGCAGGCAAAUAUGACUCUUUCGAUGGCUGUUGCACGGGGUGGUUUUGCAGCAUUUUGUGGUGUGUGCAUUGUAUUGAUGGCGUCGCAGUUGAUUUGGAGGAACAUCAAGGCACCUUUUUCUAGAAAGUUGUUUCAUGUACCUAGACCAGGGAUGAGAGCUGGUCAAUUGGACAAGGGUAACAUCAAGGUAAUCAGUAAUACAUAUAUGUUUCCAGGAGAUUUACUGGUAAGACCGCAGUUAGAGAGGAGAGAAUUGAUGAACAACCUCAAAAAAGCCAAAAUGUCACGAGAACGGUUCUCCUUCAGAAAUGUAUUUAGUACCAGUACUGUUGCAAAUGAUGACAAUGCAGGUAUAACCUAUAUCAGAAGAAUGGUAACUGAUGUUCACACUCUAGAAGAAGGAAACCUUGGGAAAAGCAAAGCGGAAAACAAUGAUUCCGUUGUCUUUCCUCACCCAGUAGUUGCCACCGAGGAAGAAAUUUCAGCAAGUUAUGUUAGACAAUCCGUAUAUCUUGAUGCUGUAUCAGAGUUAGACAGUAGUGAAUUACCUAAUAUUAGUUCGUCCAAUGGUACUGUUGAGCAAAGUGUCAAGCAACCUGUGGAUUUUAAGAACGGAGCACCAAUCAUAGACACCAGUAUAAAAAAUCAGUAUGUUAUUGAAAAAAUUGAACAACCUGAGUCCAGUUAUAUUGAUGAGAGCACAGCUGAUGCAAAGGAUAGAACUUCUGUCAUAUAUGCAGCAGAAAAAGAACUACAUAUUUGUUCUGCAGAUGAGCAUAGUGUGAGUCCUAAUACCAUCAAUACCCCAUCAGCUGAGUUUGAAAGAAAAGAACAGUUUGCAGAGAUAACUGCAAGUAUUCAAGGACUAAAACCAUCUGUGUCAUUCAGCAGCGACAGACAGAUGAUUUGUAAAGAUGAUGGUUCUCAUCAGAUCAUUAAUAAUGUUGUCCCAGAAAAAGCUGAUGAUUUUUCACCUAAUUGCGUUAACAUCUCAUCAUCUGGGUUGAAAUACAACGGAGCAUCCCUAGCCAAUAGUGAAAAUGAUAUCAGUUGCUUGCAAGAAACUGAAGCACCUAUUACCUUUGCAAACGAUGCUCAGACAGCUAACUGUGAAGACUUUGCUCAUUGUGUUAGCAUAAUAGGUAAAGAAGCAGGUAAAGAUCUACUAAUGACCGAUAUAUCCACUAUGAAAUCACCUCAGAGAAUCAGCAAAGAGCCUGUGGAUUUGACGACAGAUAACAUGCAAUCUAUGCAAGAACCAGAACCAUCCAACCAUGAUGGCAAACAAAUAAUUUAUGGAAAUGUGACGAACCAUAAGAUAGAUAUAGUACACAAUGAGACAAGGACUAGCUCAGAAACAGUUCCAUUAUAUGGCCUACUACAAGAAGAAACAGUUCAACACAAAGGUGCAGAAGUUGAAAUUUCGGAGGAGCAAGUGAAAAUCACUUCCUCCAACAAAGAAGUCAGAGCGUAUCUUAAAAAAGAUAAAGCCAAACUACAGAAAGAAAUGUGCAACGAUAAGCUAUCUGGAACAAAGUUGUCAGCAGAAGGUGUACCUGGAACUGGCAUUGUGGUUGAUCCAUCAAAUGGUGUACAGAAAACUAAAAGAGUGGCACGCAAACGGCUGAAGAAAGUGCAAAUCAAUCAGGGAGUUGCAGAAAUAGUCGCAGAACAAGAUGUCAUUCACAAUAGCAGCAUGGUUGAUCAGGUAAACAGUAGCCAGAAUGUUAAAAGGGCAAGAAGAAGAAAUCAGACAAAUGCAUUUCGCACCCAAGGAUCUCAAACAAGAGAAGAAAUUCCAGAAACAGCUCUCAUGGCAAAUUUACCUGAUGAUGCACCAAGAUCUGAAAACAUGAAUCCUCUUGGUGACGCAGGUUCAUCUGCUGGAGCACUAUCUUCAAAGGAUGUUCUUAGGGAAUCUCAGCCAAGUAGGUUCAGUGCCCGUACGACGAUGAAGGAAGAGUUAAAACUCAACUGUCAAACUUCUGAAAGGGUGGAGGCAGCCACAACAGAAACUAAGACCAACAUGCAUGACUAUAAUGUCAUGCAUGAGGGAUCAACUGAUUUUAACAAGUCAAAAACGAAGAUGGGUGUAGCUGCUGCCAAGAAGUCUACAAAGAGAAAAUCAUUAUUGAAGCGUACCAAGCCAAGUAAUGCAGUGUCAAAUAAAGACUCAAAGGAACCCACUGGUGACUGAUAUGGCAGCAGAUGUAUAAAGUGUUCCAAGUAAUGUCUUUUCGUUUCCUUCAUGCGUAGGUACUAAAGCAGUUUCUGGAGAGUUGGCCCAAUUAAUGUGUAGCAAAUUUCUUGGCAAGGAAUAGUGGGCAAUAUUUGCAGUACAAACAUCAAUUGCAGAGGAUAACUUCUCUCGUUAAUCUGAACAACGGGUUCAUUUCUGUUGUUGAUGGAAGGGGGUUGAGCUAACUAGGGAGCUUGGUAAUGUAUAGUCCAACUGGAUGGUGUUCCAGUAUUUUGCAAGUACUUGAUGGUCUAUAGGUCCUAUUCCAUUUGAGUUGGAUCAUCAUUAUGAAAGUUUAAUCAACAA